UCUGACGUGGUCCAGUUUGUCUUCUUGUCAUCGACCCCGAAUUUGUCGAUAUUACGGAAAAGAAGCGGAAAGUUAUAUAAAAUAAGCAAGAGAAUUCAUUUAUUAUAAAAGCUGGACACAAAUUUAAUCAAACCAAAAUGUUGGACAGUCUAUUUGACGAUGUGAAGCGAAUGAAUAAACGACAGUUUAUCUACCAAGUUUUAAGUUUUGGUAUGAUAGUGUCGUCCGCUUUGAUGAUAUGGAAAGGCCUGAUGGUAGUAACUGGCAGCGAAAGUCCAAUUGUGGUUGUGUUGUCGGGCAGUAUGGAGCCCGCCUUUCACAGGGGUGAUCUGCUGUUUUUGACGAACUACCCGGAGGAGCCAGUGCGUGUGGGUGAAAUUGUCGUCUUUAAAGUGGAGGGUCGUGAUAUUCCCAUUGUUCACAGGGUUCUAAAGCUUCAUGAAAAGAACAAUGGAACAGUCAAAUUUCUUACCAAAGGUGAUAACAAUAGUGUAGACGACCGAGGCCUUUAUGCUCAGGGCCAAUUAUGGUUAACAAAAAAAGAUGUGGUGGGACGUGCUAGAGGAUUCUUACCCUACGUUGGAAUGGUCACAAUUUACAUGAAUGAAUAUCCUAAGUUUAAAUUUGCAGUGUUAGCAUGUCUAGCAAUUUACGUAUUAGUGCACAGGGAGUGAGGACUUAAACUGAUCUGAAGGUUGUCGUGAUGGUCUGAAGGAGAGUACAUUGGCUCUGUGGAUGUUAUUUAUCUUUAUGAUUAAAUGAAGGUCUCUCUAGA